AUGGCAUUCCACCCUUUCAGCUCACUCACGCGUUGUUGGAGCCUCAUUGUCGCGUUGCUCCUCUGCGCCGCUACGGUCUGUCGAGCUCAGGCGACGACGACUGCGCCAGCGAGUAUAUUCCCCGGGACAGCGUCAUGGGCGUAUCAAGGGUGCUACAACGAGACGACGACGGUGAAUGGCACGAAUGGGUUGCGGGCGCUGAAUGGGGGGAUUAAUAGUGCGUUGGAUACGAUGACCGUGCCAAUAUGUUUGAAUUUCUGCGCGGAUGCGAAUUAUGCCUUCGCGGGUUUGGAGUAUACUAGGGAAUGCUAUUGCGCCCGCUACGUCUCCUCCCUAUCGUCCAAACUCCCAGACUCGUCCUGCAACCUCCCCUGCAAAGGGAACAGCUCUCAAAUAUGCGGCGGCUCGCUAUCACUAAGUGUGUACCAAGUGAAGAGCUCAAAAGAAGGCUCGGGCAUCAAAGUCGUCCGGGAGGCACCCGUCGGCAGCGUCCUAGCCCUCGGCAUCGCCAUGGGCGUAUCGCUAUAUCUAGCUUGA